AUGCUUGAGAAACAUGCAAUUAUAUCUACAUGUCGACUGGUCGACGAGGAUGGACAGCGUGGUGACAGUGGCCAGAUUGCCGUUGAAAAGUCCAGUUUCCAAAGGGAUGCAGCCCAUUUACAAUCUACGACGCGCGGAGGACAAACAUACUCCGUAUGGCGCUUACUUUGGUGUUGGUGGCCGCCGGAGCGCUCGGUUGGUACAAACGCUGAUGCGCGGGACGCAUCAGACCACCAAAUCCGUGCGUGGCACAUCAAAACAACUGCGCAAAUACGAGACCUCGGCCACGCUGACAAAAGAAAGAAACGUACGAGAAUAUGGCACUACGAGGAAGCCAAUGGGUCGCAUUAA